GGAGGCUGCCGGGCACCAGCGCCGGGAGAUAAAGGCUUACGGACAGAAGGCCAGGGGCUGCAGUCGAGCUCCCAGAGGCCGGCCCUGUUUGGACAGCCGCCCCGGCGCAGGCGACGCUCUGAUGCCCCUGCGCCGGCUUUGCCAGCCGGAAACUUUGCGGGGAGAAGUCUCUCACCCGCUUGACCGCGCCAGAGGCGCCUGGUGGGCCGCGCGCCCCCGGGGGCCCCGCAGCCCGGCGCGUGAUUGCGGGGACCCCCAGGCGUCCGGCGCCCGCCGCGCCUCGCGGUGCGAGAGCAGCCGCCAGGAUGCGCUACGCGGACCCUUCGGCGAGUCGGGAUUUGUUGGGGAACCGAACUUUGCUCUUCAUUUUCAUCUGCGCCUUCGCCUUGGUGACCUUGCUGCAACAGAUCUUGUAUGGCAGGAACUACAUCAAGAGAGGCCUCCAGUUUGGUUGGCAGAGUGGCGACCCGCUGGCCAAUUGGACUGGGCUCUUAAAUGUCACGGAAGACCCAGCAGUGCAGAGCGGCAAUGACUCCAGCUCCAGGUACUUUGAAUUUUACGAGGGCCCUUUUGAGUAUAACUCCACAAGAUGCCUGGAGCUGAGGCACGAGAUCUUGGAAGUGAAGGUGCUCUCCAUGGUGAAGCAGUCGGAGCUGUUCGACAGGUGGAAGAGCCUCCAGAUGUGCAAAUGGGCGAUGAACAUCUCCGAAGCCAACCAGUUCAAGUCCACUCUGUCCAGGUGCUGCAAUGCUCCCUCCUUCCUCUUCACCACUCAGAAGAACACGCCCCUGGGGACGAAGCUCAAGUAUGAGGUGGACACCAGCGGCAUCUACCACAUCAACCAGGAGAUCUUCCGCAUGUUUCCCAAGGAUAUGCCCUACUACCGGUCCCAGUUUAAGAAGUGUGCAGUGGUGGGCAACGGCGGCAUCUUAAAGAACAGCCGCUGCGGGAGGGAGAUCAACAGCGCUGACUUUGUCUUCCGGUGCAACCUACCCCCCAUCUCGGAGAAGUACACCAUGGAUGUAGGGGUGAAGACAGAUGUGGUCACCGUGAACCCCAGUAUCAUCACAGAGAGGUUCCACAAGCUGGAGAAGUGGCGGCGGCCCUUCUACCGGGUGCUGCAGGUGUACGAGAACGCGUCCGUACUGCUGCCUGCCUUCUACAACACGCGCAACACCGACGUGUCCAUCCGCGUCAAGUACGUGCUGGAUGACUUCGAGUCGCCGCAGGCCGUCUACUACUUCCACCCGCAGUACCUGGUCAACGUGUCGCGCUACUGGCUCAGCCUGGGGGUGCGCGCCAAGCGCAUCAGCACCGGCCUUAUCCUGGCCACCGCGGCGCUGGAGCUGUGCGAGGAGGUGCACCUGUUCGGCUUCUGGGCUUUCCCUAUGAACCCCUCGGGCCUCUAUAUCACUCACCACUACUACGACAACGUCAAGCCCCGCCCGGGCUUCCAUGCCAUGCCCUCCGAGAUCUUCAACUUCCUACACCUGCACAGCCGCGGCAUCCUGCGCGUGCACACGGGCACCUGCAGCUGCUGCUGAGGCUGGCGCAGGCCACUCACCCGCCCGCCUGCCUGCCCAGUACGUGGAACCUCGCCGGUCCUCGCCCGCGGGCAGGGCACGGCGAGGGCCUGGGCGCUCAAAUUGGCCCUCCCUGGGAUGUUCAGCUUCAGGCUUGGGUCCUGCAGGCCAGGAGGCAAGGGUGGGGGCGGGGCAGAGUCAGCCCCUUGCUGAGCGGCUGCCCUGCCCAUGGGUAGCACGCUCCUGGGCCACACCUCGAGAUCAGGGCCCUGGGGACCUGCACCUGAAUCAAGCACAUUUCUUCUCCAGUUUUAGCAUCUGAGAGAGCACAAACUGUAUGGCCUCUUUGCAGCUAAAGGAAACCAAAGGAGGAACUGAAAAGAGGGAGACAGGACAUAAGAGCAUGGCUAAGAUUUAACCCAGACUUUUGGGUUCCUGUGUCUUAUUCCCAGGCCUCAGCCAUGCAUUAUUAUCUGGAAUCUCAGAGCUUAGAGGCCAAACCAGUGGCCAGAGCUUUCUGUGGGUACAGCGGCUCCGACAGGUCCAGAGAUUAUCAACCAACUAUAAUUAACUAACCCACUGAGGCCAUUAAGUGGCGCUGUGAGAUCUGAUACAAGGCCUGUGUGUUCGGAUCUUUGCUGAAACACCACUGGCAGAGGAGAGCCACACCCUGCAAACACAUCCUCAGAUGCACACACAAGUCUUGGUGCCUCCAGGUUCAAUCCUGCAUUUGAUCUUUUGAUGAGAAGGAAAUAAACCAGACCAGCCAUUUGCACUAAGGUUUUCAAGCCAGUGUUAUCAACUCAAUAAGUGCUUAGCGACUUGCUUCCUCUUUUGUCUCCUUAUUUUGAGCUCUGUUUUAACUAGGAGUUAUUUAUAAAAUCCAUCCCUCUGUAUGUUCCUAAAUACUGCAGAAUCUUGCUGUAUCGUGUUCCUGAUUUGGAACUAUAAGGCUCCAGACUGGAGAGCGCUGACAUGUGACUGACUGGUGGGUGAGCUUAGCUGAUGAUAGUGAGCCAUGGUCUCCGACACCAGCACCACUGAGGUUCUACUGUAAAGGCAGGGCUUCCCACAGUGCGCAGCCUGGUAGCCUUUGCACUUAUGGACCCACAGGGCUUGUGCUUUGGGAAGUUAGCUGUGCCAAGGCUGAAAGGGGUGCACAUGUCAUCUCACAUCCCUUUGCUUCCCCCGUGGUAUUUCCAUCAUGGUUGCGGCUAUGCCUAGUACGCACCAUUGGUGAAUUACCUUAGAACUUAGCUUUGCAAAAUCGUAGGAAUGUUAGGGCUAGAGGAUCUUGAGCCACCUCCCUCCUCCCUCUCCUUCCCCUCACCCUUCUUUCCUUCCUCCUUUCUCCCCUCUCUCCCAUAAGCAUUUCCAGAAGCCUAUGCUGCUUUGGUUUGGGGCUGGGCUUGGAAAGACAUGAUGACAAAUAAAGGGAGUAAGGAUCUCUGUCUUCGUGGAGCUGGGGUGGGGGGCAGACUAUAAAUAUGCUGGUGCUCUAAGAGGGGGAGGAGGGACCCUGAGAGGACAGCACAGCAGGGAACAGGACCUUUCAUCUGAUCACCUCAUUUUAUAGGCAAAGCAAAAGGCCCUGGCAGCGAGAGAUAGAGGCAGGCACAGACCCUGGCCCAGGCCUCCAGGCUCUUUAUCCUGGGCAACCCUCCUUCAUCUUGCUUGUUUCAUGUUGGUGGGCCAUUAUAGAGCAACGUUCCAUGAACAACGCUGUUCUAGAUGCUGCCCUUGAUCCUGACUGGGAAAAACCUGGGGCUGCCCUGAGCCUGCCUGCUUCUCUGCAGAAAAGGGAAGUAGCCAGUGAGGCAAAGGAGGCCUGAGGACCUGGCGGCCCCGAAACACUACCAAGGACAGUAGGUGACUGUGCUUUCUUGGCUCUGCCUCUUUUUCCCAAGUGGGAAAAUGUCUGGGAAAGAUUCCAGUUAACUGAGGUUUCCAGCUACUCCUUUGUGGUUAAUUGAGCCCAGUUCUUGAAGCUCCAGAAUAUCAAAACCAGAAGGUUCUGAAGGACCAUUUUGUCCCACUUAAGGAAACAGGUCCAGCACAGGGGAGUGACCUGGGUUAAGUCAUGCCCAGGGCUCUACUGAAUGCCUGCUGGGGGCUUCCAGAUGGGGCAGUGUUUGGGGGCAAGAGCCUCCGUGAGUCAGACGUCAGGGCUCUCCCAACCAAGGAUGUCAAGGGCUGGUAUUUGCCCCAGGCUGGUCCCUCUUAGGGGCUAGGGAUGAAGCAUCUUGAAAAUUCCAAGUAGGAGUUGGGCUCCUGGCUCCUGGUCCUAUUUCAGCCUCUGGGUCUUAGGGCAAGUCCCUUCCUCUUUUGGGCUCUCAGUUUCCUCAUCUCCACAGCUAGAGGCUUAGAGAAGGUCCUUAGGGUCUCUGAUAUCUCUAAUUUUACUUAUGUUUUUGGCUUAUUCAUGAUGUAUGGAUCUAAGCCAUAAAUAACAUUGAUUACCGUAAUAGCAAAGAUUUACUGAGUGUUCAUUCUGUGUCAGGCCCCCACUGGGUGCUUUCUUUAUUUACAUUGUGAUCAUCACAAGAUCCCCUUGGGUAAGAAGUCUCCCUGGGCAGGUGAAGAGAUGGAAGCUCAGAGUGAUUCAGGGACUUGCUGAUGGUCAGGCACCCAGUGGAGGAAACUGCCCCCAGUCUGUAGAACCCCAGAGCUCAUGCUCCAAAUCUCUGUCUGAGCCACUUUCUAGCCAGUGUCACCAGGGCUGGGACAAGAGGGAUCCUGACUGAGAGGACUGGACGCUGCUCUAGGGACAGUGCUGUGGGAGGCUGUCAUGGGUUUGAGAAGGAAUCGGUUGCAGGUGCUCCCUGCCCCUGGCAGCAGCAUGGACACGCCCACAGUGCUGCGGAUGGAGGGGCUCUGUGAGGGUAUAUACGAAAUGAUAGUGUGUUGGGGGACUCGCCCAAGGCCAAGGGGCUCAACCGGUACUCAGUCUCUUGAUUUGUAAGCCACAUGCUUGCUUCCUGCAGCCAGUGUUUGUAGGAAAAAAACUUGUUUUCAAAGGCUCGAGAGACCUGGACAUUGCCUCCGGAAGCUCCUCCCCGUUGCUCGCAGCCCCGCCCCAUCCCACGGAGGACUGCGAACUACCAGUUAAAUUCUUAGUUGAGGGAAACUGAUUCCCCCAGACAAAAACAAUCAUUAUGUCUUCCUUUGUGCUCUCAACCCUCCAGGCUUGAAAGGCAGCAAAAGCAAGUAAACUCGGGUGCUUAGCCAAGCAAAAGGAAAGGUGGCUCAAGGUCAGAUGUAGCCUCUGAGACCGUUUCAGUAAUGCUGCUGCGGCAACUCUGCCCACACUAAUCACCCGGUGCUGCACAGCCCAUCGCCCUUGACUUUGCUGAAGGUGGGAGGAGGCAAAGACAGCCCUUCUUGAGAGUUAAGGGAGAGCACAACACAGAGCUGGCUUCAGCCACGUAUUGGGCAAAUCUUUACAGAUUUGUGCCAGGUGUGGCGCUAGGAGCCUUUGAACUGGUGGUGAGAGAAUAGACCCGUCCUCCUGGUGGGCGUGUCCAGACUGAGUCCACCAGGGACCCGUAGGAGCUGAACUGAGUGCUGGCAAGUCUGGACUGAGGGACAGCUAUGGAGAGAGGAGCGCCAGGCCAUCCUGAGGUCAGUCCUGAAUUCUGAGGGUUGGCAGAACAAUCCUAAUGGCCGAAACAGAGGAUGUUUCUCAGGCCUCAUUCUCAACAUCCAUGUGACCUGUGACAGGGGUGUCCUCACUGGUCAUUUGAGUCCUCUCUUCCUUUUCUGGGGGAGGAACUACUUUUUCUUGGUUUUCCUCCUACCUGGAAUGCUCCUGCUCAGGCUCCUUUGUAGAUUCAUUUGCCAUGAAGCUUCCUCAGGGUUCUCUUCUCUUAUAUUGGGAGCAUUUCUGCAGAAAUGGCAUCUGUUCACAGCCUCAAGCUGCUCUUGUCCUUGCGUCUUACACCCCUUCCCUGGAGGCCAGUUCUCCCUCAGAGCAUCAGCCACACGCUCACUGUAGCCAUCCAAAUGUCUGUACCUGUUCAGCAUCGCAAACCUCAGCAUGUCCUUAACUAGUAGAGUUACAGGGAUGAUCUGGAUUCAAAGUCACCCCCCACACACUUACUAGUGACCCUGAGGGACCUGCCCAGGCCCCUGGAGGCUCUGAUUCAUCAUCUGAGGUUGAGGCUGCAGCACAUGGAAGUUCCCAGGCUAGGGGUUGAAUUGGAGCUGCAGCUGCUGGCCACAGCCACAGCAAUGCAGGAUCCGAGCCACAUCUGUGACCUACACUGCAGCAUGCGGCAAUGCCGAGGAUUCUUAACCCACUGAGGGAGGCCAGGGAUCAAACCCGCAUCCUUGUGGAUACUAGUUGGGUUCUUAACCCACUGAGCCACGAAGGGAACUCCCCAUUAAAAAAUUCUUGCUCAUCUGCUUCUUGCCUGCUAAACGAUCCUCUUUCUCUAGUUUAAACAAAAGAUGGAAAGAUAUUUUCUUUUUUUCCUUCCCUCCCUCAAAACCAUAGAGAUUUGUCAGGAUCUUACAUCUUUGUACUGAGGUUCAGGUUGGUUAGCAGUGUAUGAAGGAUUUAUCAAUAGUCUCAAGAGUGAAUGACAAGUGCUUUAUUUAUUGGCCAGGAAACAGAUGAGCUGAGUUUUGCAAAUGUCUCUCCAGAUGCCCAGUGGGAGGCCAGGACCUUGGGGGUCUCCCUGUGUGGAGCGGAUGGUGCUACUUUGAGUUCAGCACUCCUAUAGGAGGAGGCUGGUUGUGGCUUACAGCAAGGCUUGGCUAGGCUUAGGGCCAGGGGGUGCCAAUUGUUGCCCAGGCUGUGACUUUUGUUUUCUUGGGGAGAGGGCUGGUCCAGCCAGGCAAAUGUUUAUUUCUAUAUUUCUUAUUUUAUCAUGAUUUUGAUCUUCUUCAGGCUGCACCCGCGGCUUAUGAAACUUCCUGGGCUAGGAGUUGAAUCGGAGCUGCAGCUACCGAUCUACGCCACAGCAAUGUCAAAUCUGAACGGCAUCUGUGAUCUAUGCCACAGCUUGUGGCAAUGCUGUGGAUCCUUAACUCACUGAGCGAGGCCAGAGAUCUAACCCACAUCCUCGUGGACACUGUGUUGGGUUCUUAACCUGCUGAGCCACAACAGGGACUCCUGAGGCCAGUCUUUUAGAAGUUGAUUACAUCUCUCAAGGCAUCCUGAUAGAGCAGUGUGCUCUUCAAAGGGUAGCCUGUAUCAGAAUCCCCUGGGUACUUGCUGAAACCAUGGGCUCUGAACUCACAGCUGGGGGAGGGGUAGUGAUGUGGAGGUGUCACCAGCUGGUCUUUUGCUGGCCACCUGGGUUCUUCAUCGCCUGUGGGUCAGUGGCCACUGUCAGGUGAGAGCUAUCUGCUUGAAAUUCAGACUGGAGUCUUCAGUGAUAGAAGAGCGAAAAUAAGCAUCAGGCGCACAACCCAACUUCUGCAUUUUCUAGAAAUAUGAAUAUCAAAUAUAAUCUGCUAUUAAAAUAACAACAAAAAUGAACUUCUCAGGAAUCUAUAAUGUUUGCAAAAUCUGUUUGGGCCUUCAUGCUAUGAGAGAUUUCUUUUUUAUUCCUAUUUUUUACUGUGGUAAAAUAUACAUAAAAUUUGAAGUUCCCUUGUGGUGCAGAGGGUUAAGGAUCCACCAUUGUUAUUGCAGUGGCUUGGAUCGCAGCUGUGGCAAAGGUUUGAUCCCUGGAGUGGGAAAUUCCAUGUGCCAAGGGUGCGGCCAAAAAAAAAAGAAAAUACAUAAAAUGUACCAUCUUUACCAUCUUUACCAGUUCUGUACUGUUAAGUAAUUCACAUUGUCAUGCAACUAAUCUUCAGAAUGCUUUUUUAGUUGAAAAAUUAAAAUUCUAUGCCCAUUUAAUGGCCAACUCCCCAUCCCCCACCCCAGCUCCUGGUAACCAGCAUUCUGCUUUCCCUCUCUGUGGAUUCGAUCAUGCUAAGUACCCCAUAGACGUGGCCUCAUACAGUAUCAGACUUUUGGUGACUGGCUUAUUUCAUAUAGGCUCACUUAGGUAUAAGCUGUUCUCAAAUGAUGGUAACUAUUUUCAGUGUUCCUAUUAAAGGAUUUUGAUUUUUGCCUGGAGAAGUUGUCCAGGGCCCCCAGUUGGUCCCUGGCUUCUGGUGACCUAAGCAUCUUUGCUGAGGGGCAGAGCCAACCUAGUCCUGUUUUGCUAGCUUGGCUCAGCUGUCUCGGCCAGCCAGUGUCCUGAGAGGCAACAGCCCUGCUCAUCUUCUACAAGUCUUUAGCUAUUUCCCCUGUGUGGUCUCUUCUGUGAACCUUCCUUUUUUUCACAAGUUGGGGGGGGAGGUGAUUGAUAUCUAUGACUUAGCUCUUGGCACAAAAGCCAGAAAUCAGUGGCUGUCUCUGCUUCUAGUAAGGGGAGUGUUCCCUUGGCAGCUAAGUAGCUCAUUUCCUUCAACAAAAUGACUUGCCUAACUUUGGGGUAGAAGUUUUAUUUCUCUAGAAUUGUGGUUUUCAGCUUUGUAUGCACAUUGGAUUCAUCUGGAAAUCUUUUUUUUUUUUUCAUUGCUCUGUGGCAUGUGGAAGUUCCUGGGCCAGGGAUUGAACCUGUGCCAUGGCAGUGACCUGAGAGGCUGCAGUGACAAUGCUGGAUCCUUAACCUGCUGCACCACAAAGGAAAUCCUCACCUGGGAAUCUUUAUAAGACAACCACCAUGCCAGAUUCUCAUCUUCCCAGAGAGUCUGAUUCCCUUGGCCUGGGGGAUGGGACCCCAUAUUCUUAUUUUUAAAAAUCUCCUUAAGUGACCCUCUUGCCACUGGUGGAGGCUCUUUGUCCUGAUGCAGAGGGUCCCUGCCUCGGCUGCACUUCUGAAUUAUCUGAAGAGCUUUAAGAACUACUCGUGCCUGGACUACCUCCCCCACCCAGAAGUCCUGACUCAGUUGGUCUCAGGUGCCACCUGGGUAUGAGGGCUCUUCAGACUCUCCAUUUGGUUCUGCUAUGCAACCAUGUUGGAGAACUGCUAUUCUAGGUCAGUAAGCUCUCAAGCUUGAACCUGCGUGAGAAUCCCUUGGUGAGCUCACUGGUUCCUGGGCCCUUCCCUGGAGCCUCCCCACCAGUUCCCAAGUGAUGCUGAUGCUGGUCCUGGGACUGUGCUUUGAAGAGUACUGCUCUACAUGACCUUAUAACCACCUCAGCCCUGCUCUGCUGCAUUCGCUUUCUGCUUAGGGCUUGGGAGCAUCUAAUUCAGGCUUGAGACUUCAUAAGAGCUACCCAACAGCUCCUUUUCUAAAAUUUUAAACAUUCAAAUAAACAUUAUGGAAUCUUUUUAAAGCAAAGCUACAUAGAUUUCUUCUCCCAGGGUUAGGAGGCUCAGAGUUAAGAAUUCAUCUGGGAAAUUCCCAUUGUGGCUCAGUGGAUUAAGGACCUGAUGUUGUCUCUGUGAGGAUGCGGGUUUGAUUCCUGUCCUUGCUCAGUGGGUUAAGCAUCUGGCGUUGCCACAAGCUGCGGAAUAGCUCGCAGACGAGGCUUGGAUCUGGUGUUGCCAUGGCUGUGAUGUAGGCCUCAGCUGCAGCUCCAAUUCGACCCCUAGCCCAGGAACUUCCACACACCGCACAUGCAGCUGUUUAAAAAAUAAAUAAAUAAAUAAAAAAGAAUUCAUGUGGGCCUGGGAUUAGAAUGCAUUUUGGGAUCUGAGCUAAGCGAUUGGAGUCUCUGGCACUUGCGGCCAACUCGGGACCAGGUAAGGGUUGCCCUGUGAUGGGGGCUGGGGUAGGAUCAGAGCACCAUCCUGCAGUCUGUAACACAGGGAGUUUCUGGCCCUUUGGGGGUAAGGCCAGGCCUGGUGCUCUGCCCACUGCGUGGAAAACAAACAAGGAAGGUGGUGAUGAGGACACAGCACAUGGACUGACAUGACCCAGGGGUAGGGUCAUACUUGCAUUAUCCUCUUCCUUCCUUUCCCACCUUGUGCCCAGAAAGGCUCACGUUGAAGCCAACUAGCUGGUGCCUGGGUCCUGCCUCCGUCUCUCCAUCUCUUGUGCCUCCAAGUGGAGGCAAGUCCCCAGCUGUGUGGACACAGUGAGCCCUUUGUCCUCAUGUCAGCUCACAAUUCCACAUUCACCCACCACUCUUAUGAGAACCCUUGAACAUAUUGAAGAUUUUUUAGAGGAGGAAACAGUUACUCUUUUAUUGAAACAAGGUCAAAGCACACCUCACUUCCCAGGGCCACUUGCCCAGAGAGCCACUCAAGCCCCAGGUAGCUGGGAACUCCGGUGAAGGAAAAUUCAUUCUGAGUCCCUGAAACAGAUGCUAGAAAACUCUGUAUCAAAGACCAAACGCUUUGCUCAAAUGCAAAUCCCUCAUGGCAUUCACUUUAAUUUUAAAUUCAAUUCUUGUGAACUUGAUUCUGGUUUCUAAUAAUAAAGCAAAUUAAGGGAAAGAUAACAGGUGCUAGAUAUAGCAAGAAGUGGCAGCUAAUAGACUCAUAAUAAUGGCAUUAAAAAGACCGAAACUAUCUGUCUCAGAAAAUACCAGGGGAGCUGAUGCUAUUUAGUGGAGGGGCAAAUAGUUUUGCGGUCGGACCAAUAUGUGGGAAUAACCCCCAGGGCAAUAGAGCAUUUCAGAGCGGACCAUCCUGUGGCACCCACGAUCACGCAGAGGUAUGAAAACGCCCAAACAACAUUCAGUAGACUGUGCUCAGGAAGGCAGAGAAACAUUUUAUUUGCUUUGGAAUCAUUAUUUCUGUCCCCAAACAUUUAAAACGUAUUCAUAGACAUUUUGGUGCUCAAAGGAUCAGUCCUCAAGUAAUGAUGAUGUUCAGGUAGGUGAAUUUAUCUGUACGUCAUUAUCUGAUAAUACAGGAUUCCUGAGAUGGGUAAGCUCACUCUUUUAUUCAUUUAUUUAUUUUGUCUUUUGUCUUUUUAGGGCCACACCCAUGGCAUAUGGAGGUUCCCAGGCUAAGGGUCUAAUCUGAGCUGUUCCUGCGUGCCUACACCACAGCCACAGCCAAGCAGGAUCAGAGCCUGUCUGCGACCUAUACCACAGCUCACGGCAAUGCUGGAUCCUUAACCCACUGAGCAAAGCCCAGGAUCGAACCCACAAUCUCAUGGUUUCUAGCGGGAUUCGUUUCCACUGCACCAUGAUGGGGAACUCCAGGUCACUCUUUUAGACUUAGUUUCCCUCUGACACAUGCUCCUCAUCCCCCCCAGGACUGGGGGAGGGGCACCCUUUCACCUUCCCACCUUAAAGGGGACGUGCAGCGUGGGUGGGUUGGUGGUGUUGGUGGAGGGUCCUCUUUCUGCACCUCUGCUUCCACCUGUGGUGUCUUUAUUGCACCAGGCAGGGAGUGGGUGAGGAUUUCAGCUGGGGCAGGGGCGACCUCUGCAGUGACUCAGGCCUGGAUUUAGUUGUGGAUUUAAGACUCUAUUUCUUCAUAUUCUUAUCAAAGCGAGCAUUUCUGCUUUCUACACACCUUCACUAUCCCUCUUCUCACCAGCUGGAGGAGGUGGGUAAGGCAUCUCCACUGGACUGAGGCCCAGGAAGAGGCAUGCGUGCCCCCGCCCCCAUCACGGGGAUGGGUGGUGGAGCUCUGGUUGGGUGCACAAGCGCCCCAAGUGGUGGGAGAGGCAGCCAUGUCUCGCUCUCACUCCUGAGGCCCUUCUGUUUUCUUCCCUCUGGGUUGGUGGGGCUGACCGGAGUCGGAGUCGGAGUCGGGGGCAGGCCUGGCUGCGUGCCCUGCUCAACGUCUGUGUGAAGUGGUCUUUCUGGUGUUCUUUCCAAUCUGGACUCCAAGCACUGGGGGCUGUACCUGCUGGGGGUGGGAGGGUGGCAGUUAUACUGGGCAGGGGUCCCCCAAGGCCACCGUCCUAGGCAAGGCAGGAGUGAGUAGGGGGUUGGUGGCAGACUCAGUGAUGCAUCUGCCUAGUGCUGUGGCCAUUUUUAGGGGAGGCUGCUAGGGUUCCAAGUGACAGCUCCUGUAUCUUCCUGCAAACUGUCUAGCAGGACUCUCGGCCGCCGCUGUGGCUGGCUUCUGAGCUGGUCCCUCUUCCUAAGGUUUGGGGGCAGCUGGGCCUCUCUGAGGCUCCUGCACUCCUCACACAUGUUUUAGGGGGUGCAGCAAAUUUCCUUUCUGAACCCAACUGACCCCCUUCAGAAAGCCAUAACUCUUCUUCAAAGCCCUACUGUUUGAACUGUGAAAUAUAUGUAAAUGUAUAUGUUAUUUUUUUAAACUCACACUUUAACUCAGUGAGCAUACAGUGCAUGCUUCAGUAUGGGGUCAGCUUCCUGCCAGCUCGCUCCCCAAAAGAAGUCAGGACCGGCCACAGGAGAAGUCUGCAGGGAAGCUGUGGAAACCUUGGCCCUUGCAGUUACAUGCUCCCUGCCCUGUGCCUGCGCAGUGGCUCCAGCCAGCCAUGCUUGAUGUCAGUUUCCAGGAGCUCACGUGACAACAGCCAGCAGCCUAUUCUUGAGGGGCUGGUGGCACCAACUCAGCCCUGAGUGGCCUCAUAUGUGUGAAGACCGCGUGCCCACGCGGACGUGACCCCCGCGUGUUCCUCAGCCCCAUCCCUCCCUGGCUUUCUUCUCGCAAGAUCUGCAUCAUACCACCCUGUGCUCGGCGGAGCCUUUCUUCCCAAUGGAGACUGAGAUAGGAUGCAGAGAAACUCUAACAGUGCAUGGAGCUGGAGGAUUGCUGAAAAAAAUCCCUCUCUUGCUCGGUUGAUUUGCUCCCUCUGUUUGCCCUGGAGAGAAAUGCCGUGUGCCAUUCUAAAGCUCAGGUGGGCUGCAGCUGUCAUCUUAUUUUCAUGCAAAUUUUCUUUGGGAGCCAGGAGUUCAUACAAACUCCUGUAGCAGUAAUUCUAGCCUGUGUGUGGCUAUGCUUGAGUGAUCCUGAAGUGGUGACUGUGACUUUUGCUUAAGAACAUAAUCAGGGUAAUUUGUAUCUGUCACUGUAUUUGAAAAACCCUCAGUUUCCACCCAAUAAAACCAGUCAAGUGGGUCAUCUA